GAUUGACUCUCUCUCUCUCAGUUGUUCCACGCAGCGUGGAUGUGGACUUCUUUCGCGUUUGUGUCUCUCAACAAAAUCUUUCCGUCCGUUUCGUCGGCGUCCGAUGAGUUGUCUCGGCAGCGGGCUCGAAACGUCCCUCGUGUUCUUUGUCCUCGCGCAGACGUCCUGUCCUCUUCAGGCGGGAUGUGCCGCUAGGAGCUCGGCGUCAGCCUGACGGAGGACAUGGACAACAUCGGGGUGUCGUUCCUCGACCCUCUGGACGACUACGAGCUCCUCCACAGGAUUGGGUGCGGCACCUACGGGGAUGUCUUCAAGGCUCGCAACAUCCGCACAUCCAAACUGGCAGCCAUCAAGAUUGUCAAGUUGGACCCAGGCGAUGACAUCACAUCCAUCCAACAGGAGAUCACCAUGAUGAAGGAGUGCAAGCAUAAAAACAUUGUGGCUUACUUUGGCAGUUACCACAGGAACACCAAACUGUGGAUUUGCAUGGAGUACUGCGGGGGAGGCUCCCUUCAGGAUAUAUACCAUGUGACCGGCCCAUUGAAGGAGAAACAGAUUGCAUACGUGUGCAGGGAGACUCUCCAGGGUUUGUAUCAUCUGCAUGAAACGGGCAAAAUGCAUAGAGACAUCAAGGGCGCCAACAUCCUUUUGACAGAGCGAGGAGACGUCAAACUUGCGGAUUUUGGUGUGGCUGCAGAGAUCAGCGCUUCUGUGGCCAAAAGGAAGUCUUUCAUAGGAACGCCUUACUGGAUGGCUCCAGAGGUGGCGGCCGUGGAGAAGAAGGGCGGCUAUAACCACCUGUGCGACAUCUGGGCCGUCGGCAUCACAGCCAUCGAGCUGGCCGAGCUCCAGCCCCCCAUGUUUGACCUCCACCCAAUGAGGGCUUUGAUGUUGAUGUCCAAGAGCAGCUUUCAACCACCAAAGCUAAAGGAGAAAACUAAAUGGUGUCCGGCCUUCCAGAGCUUUGUGAAGAUGGCGCUCAUCAAAAACCCUCGCAAAAGGCCAUCUGCUGAGACGCUGCUACAGCAUCCGUUCGUGACGCAGUUGUUGACGCGCAACCUGGUCAUUGAGCUACUGGACAUGGCCAACAACCCUGAGCUGCACACCUCGCACGACAUGGACGACAACGAACUGGAGAUUGGGAUCGAUGCGCCCGACAAGAUCCGCUCUGCAGGGAAACAUCUGCCUGUGGAGAGGACCGUGUCAGAAGAGCAAUUUGACCAAGUGAAAUUUGGACCCCCACUGAGAAAAGUCACUGAACCCUACCCUGAUUUGCAGGGCUCCUACGAUGACGACUGGAGUCUGUCUGGAGAUGAAGACAACUCACCGAGCCUGUUGGAAUGUGUGGAGCAAGCUCUGCAGCUGAGGAGUUUAACCAUUAGGAGGGUGCCAUCUACUGAUGGAGGGAAGAGAAGCGGUUUAUUCAGUCCGACGACAGCCUCCCUGCCAGCCUUUUGCUCUCUCAGCCUCAACACAAGCGACAGAGAUGCGACACAGAGGCCGAUCUGUACGUUGGGUCCGGAUGCUUCUGUCACGUCGGACUCCACCGGCUCAUCUGAAGUUUUGGCAAGGUGCUCGGCCACACAAGACAUCAGGCAGCGCUGCAGUGACCCAUAUCUGCCUGCGGGGGGCGCUUUGACUGCCAGCACUGUCUGCUCCCCCAAAAAGGAGACUCCGCUCUCGCCGGAAUGGAGCACGCUGAGGAAGACUGAAGACUCUAGGGCUGAUUUUCAUGGACUUCCUCCUACCCCCCAAGUCCAUAUGGGGGCUUGCUUCUCCAAAGUCUUCAAUGGCUGCCCUCUCAAAAUCCACUCUGCUGUCACCUGGAUUUUCCCCAAAACGAGAGAUCAGUACCUUAUUCUUGGCACAGAGGAGGGGAUCUAUACACUCAACCUGAAUGAACUUCAUGAGGAUACGCUAGAGAAGUUGCUCCCUCAGAGAUGCACGUGGUUGUACGCUAUGAACAACGUGCUGAUGUCCGUAUCAGGGAAGUCGUCUCAGCUUUAUUCCCACAGUCUGACCGCUCUCUUCGAGCAGAAGGGACACUUGCAGAAGAAACACAGCAGUCUGUCGCUCGGCACAAGUCGUUUCACAGAGAGGAUCGGCACCAGAAAGUUUUCCUUAUCGGUGAAGAUCCCUGACACUAAAGGCUGCAGGAGAUGUAGUGUAGCUAGAAACCCCUACACGGACAGUACUUUUUUGUGCGGAGCAGUUCCAUCUGGCCUUGUUCUGCUUUUGUGGUAUGAGCCCCUCCAGAAGUUCAUGCAUCUAAAGCACAUAACCACAAGGCUACCGGACUCUCUGCCAAUAUUUGAGCUGCUGGUGUUGGUCACCGACGAGUUUCCUCAGCUAUGUGUCGGGGUGAGAGGCUGCACCAAUGGGAACCAAUCCGCCAGCCAGAAACUCAAGUUUGAUAUCAUCGAGCUGAAUGGCACGGCCAUUUCAGAGCCAGAAAAUGGUGAAGUCAAGGCCGUCCAGGUCAGCCAGUUGGACAGAGACACUGUUCUCAUUGCAUUAGAAAAAAGCGUGAAGAUUGUCAACCUGCAGGGUCUUCCAUCCGAGGAGUUUGCUGCUGAAAUGGUCUUUGACUUCCCCAUUGAAACGCUCGUUUGCUUGCAGGACAGUGUAUUAGCUUUCUGGAAGCAUGGCCUUAAAGGGAAGAGUUUUCACUCUAAUGAGGUCACCCAAGAGAUUACAGACGAGAGUCGAGUAUUCCGAGUUUUGGGAACUAACAGAGACAUCAUUCUCCAGAGCACACCGACCGACGACCCGUCAGCCCUUAGCAACGUCUACAUUCUGACAGGCCAUGAGAGCAGCGUUUGACAGCAUGGAUGAGAUUGUCCUUCCAAAUCCAAGCAAGAAAAAUUAGGGCGAUUUUGGAUUUUACGUGAAACAUAUCAAAAUAUAAUUAUUACUUUAUUUCUACAGCACUUUUCAUGGAUAAAUAAAUGGGUUAUACUUGUAUAGCGCUUUUCUACCUUCAAGGUACUCAAAGCGCUUUGACAGUAUUUCCACAUUUACCCAUUCACACACACAUUCACACACUGAUGGCGGGAGCUGCCAUGCAAGGCGCUAACCAGCAGCCAUCAGAGGCAAAGGGUGAAGUGUCUUGCCCAAGGACACAACGGACGUGACUAGGAAGGUAGAAGGUGGGAAGAACAACACAAAGUGCUUUGCACCAGUUUAAAUGGAAACAAAAGGGAACACACACACACACCGUGAUUGCCAACAGCAUAUGGGCUUACUGUAUAUUGUACUAGAAGACUUUAAAAACUCUGACAUUAAUUAACAAAAAGGAAAAAAAAGCUAUUUUUAAAUUCUAUUUCCCAGCCAAAAAGGCAGCUUGAUAGUUUACUGAGAGUCAAAUUAACAUUAUGCAUAUAACAUGGAGAAAGUCAAUAAACAGACAGACUAUGAAAGUAAACAAAACAAACUGCUGAAACCCAGCAAAACACUCACAGGAAUUGUGGAGUAAAUGGCAUCCACAAAUUUUGAGUUUACGAGAGCUUGGCAUCAAAGGAUCGUCAAUAGUCACCAGUACAGAUAGCAACAACAUCAAGAAUGUCCCAACAACGAAAGUAGAAAAAGGAUCAACUUGAAUAGUCUUGAUCACAAACAGAAAACAAAUGAGGAAAAAUUAUCUGGGACAGUGGUGAAGCAGCCAUGGGACAACACCAACAAAACCGGAAAAGCCGCCAAAAUAAAGGCACAGGACAGGAACUAAUGCAAAACACGGGAGAACACUAACAAAACCCAACAUAAAAGGCUGUAACCAGCCGUGACACUGUAGCUGUAAUUUAAUUUGAGUACACUGCCUGUUGAUGCUAUGAGAGAUGAUGAGAUCCAUCAAAACAAUUAUGCAAUUACUGUCAUACUAGAUUGAAUGAGGCCAAGUGUUGUCACCAUGACUCAAAAUCCCCAAAUGAUGGUGUCAUUUUAUUAGACUGUCAAAGAGACGAUGUAAUGCCAAUAGCCAAACAUACUUCCUCUCGACAAGCAGACCCUUUCUCAUAGAUUUUUUCCCGACUGGACUCACGAAAGAAAUUGAAAAGGGAAUUUUCUUUUUGACCUAUGUAAUGUCAUUCACACUACAUUAAAUUUGUUUUGUAUCAUAUUUAUAUUAUUUAUGCAAUGUGCACUGUACAGUUAAGGCCCACCUAUCCCCCAGAGAUACUUGAAAGACAUAUAGCUUUUGUUUUUGAAGUAACUGUAUAAGAAAUAAAUACAUUUGGUGUUCAUAAUGGUUUUACACUGUAUGCUCUCAAAGUGUAAGAGAGGAUUUGUAUAUGUGAACUGUAUUUUUUAGAAUAUUUAGAUAUGCUGAUAUACUGCAUUCAUGUAUGAUUAAAUAUCUUAAUAUUACAAUGAGGAUUAAUACUGUUGGACCUAUAACCAAAUACUGUG